AUGUUGAUAAAGAAACCUCUUAUCCCCUUUAGGCCAACUCAAACAUCAGAUAUGGGAACAAAUUCAAGCCAGCCAAUGAGACCCAACUUCCUAAGCCGAUACGGAAAUCGUAUUUUAGUUAAACAUGUUUCAUCUUUGGAAUUUCCUUCAAAAGAUGUGCCUCUAAAACCUUGCAAUUCAGUCAUAGCUGAUGAACAAAAUUCUCAUAAUGAGAAUGAUGUUGUGAAGUCAGAAGCACCAAUUCAGCCUGUGGAUACGUAUUCUCAUCUUUUACACUUUCCUCCACUGAAACAAGUCCCUGUUGGACCACAAUAUCAAGCCGAUAUUCCAGAAUGGCAUGGAUUUGAUCCAAACAACGCCUCCAAAACAUCAAAUGAGAACAAGUUCAUCGGUUCAUGUGUCAUCCAAAUGCCCGAUUCAGCACCACCUAUUUGCAAUGGGGUUGGAAAAAGCCAUUGUUGGUGUGAAGAUCCGGGGUCUGUUAUAUGUGUCCGAUUACACAUAAUAGAAGCGAGAGAGAACCUGAGGGAGAACAUCGGGCAUGAACGAUUCUCAGAGCUCGGAUUCUGUAACAUGGGGGACAUGGUGGCAUGCAAGUGGACCGAAGAAGACGAACAAUUAUUUCACGAGGUGGUGUACUCGAAUCCUGUAUCAUUAGGGCAAAACUUCUGGAAUCAUUUGGCGGAUGCGUUCCCUUCACGCACCAAUGGGGAAAUCGUUAGCUAUUAUUUCAACGUGUUUGUGCUGCAAAGGAGAGCUGAACAGAACAGAUUUGAUCCAAUGAACGCCGAUAGCGAUGACGAUGAAUGGCAGGGAAGCAGCGAGUCAUCAGAGGAAGAUGAGGUUAGUAACGAGAGUCCAGUUUUUUACUAUAACGAGGAAUCGGAGUUCAUCCAUGGCUAUAAUCAAACCUUAAUUGAUGAAAGUGGAGACAAUUCCUGCACAUCUUCUGAAUCGCAAGUGAGUGAAGUUAACCAUGAUUUCAUGUUGGAGCCUUCGGAUUCGAGAGAAUGGGAUGUGGGGUAUUUUUCAUUCCCGAGGAAUAAAGCUGAUUUUUUGCCGACUGGGAGCAUGAUUGAAGAAGUAUUUGGAGUUGAAUCCUGGAAAAGUGAUAACGAAGAAGGCUCAAGCUAAAUGCCAAACAAAUCAGUCUUCGUUAUCCAUGGCAGUUAGACACGUGUUAGUCUGAUUUUGUUGUGUAUAUUUAACGAAUUAGCACGUGGUUAGAGGCAGUAGGUGGUUAUUUUAAGGUCAUAAGGGUUUGACUUGCCCCUAUUUUUGCUGAUCCCUUUGAAGAAUUUGGGAUGCAGUUUUUGUAAAUAAUUGGCACAAGGAAAAUUAGAAAAUAGAAAGAAAAUAAUUAGAGAAAAUAAUCCUUUUGCAUUGUAUAUUUGUAUUGUGUUGGGUUCUGUUGUAAUUUAGUUUUAGUUCUGUUG